CAAGCAGCAGGAACUGACGUUUCAACUUCGUCCUUUAAAAAUCCGUUUAGAGAAAAUAAUGCGAUAGAUAAAUCUAUUUUUGAGUUUUAGAACGCACAACAAAUAACAUGGUCAUUUUACAAUUAGAAGAACAGCCCCUUAUUAUACAAGCAAUAUUUGCCGGGGCUGUAGAUGAGGCUCAAGACUUAAUGACCCAUCCCGAUUACUAUGCCAAUUGUACAGAUUGUGAAAAAAGGACUCCCUUACAUGCUGCAGCCUUUAAAGGCGAAGCCCAAAUCGCAAAUAUAUUACUAGAAAACGGAGCCCGUGUCAAUGCUAAAGACAGUAAAUGGAUAACGCCUUUGCAUCGGGCUUGUGCAGUAAAUUCUGACGAAACUGUAGAUAUAUUAAUCAAAUAUCAAGCUGAUGUGUGUGCUCGAGACAGAUUGUGGCAAACACCUCUUCAUAUAGCAGCCGCUCAUGACGCAUAUAAUUGUGUAGAAAAACUUUUAAACAUAGUUCCAAACCCAGAUGUUACUGAUAGAUCUGGAAGAACUGCACUUCAUCAUGCUAGUUAUAAUGGAAACACUUUUGUAGCAGAAUUGUUAAUAAACCGAGGUUGCAUAGUAAAUGCUUGCGAUAAAAAGGAUUACAGACCUCUCCAUUGUGCUGUUCAAAUGGGCCACAUCGAUACAAUCGAAGUACUGCUACGUUAUGGUGCCGAUAUAAAUGCAAAGGAUAGAAAUCAGUAUACUCCUCUACAUGUAGCUGCAGCCAACGGUUAUGAAGCUGUCACAAGACUAUUACUGAGCUCUGGAGCUGAAGUAAAUGCUCAAAAUGCAUUUGGCAACACUGCCUUACACGUGGCUUGUCUGAACGGUCAUUUAAUCUGCUGCGAUGAACUGGCCUUAGGGGGAGCGGAUGUUGAAUCUCUUAAUUUUAGAGGACAGACUCCAUUGCAUGUAGCAGCUUCUUCGACGCAUGGAGUUGAUUGUCUGACAUUUUUAUUAGCCAAAGGUGUUGAUAUCAAUAAAUGUAGUGCUGAUGGCAGAACGCCUUUGCAUAUGACUGCCAUUCAUGGUAGAUUUACCAGAAGCAAAACGCUGAUUGAUCGUGGUGCUUAUAUCGAUUGUGCCGAUAAAAAUGGUUCGACUCCUUUACAUAUCGCUGCUCAGUACGGGCAUGAUAUACUAUCAAAUACUUUGUUAAGUGUUGGGGCCAGCCCUACUAAAAAAGGGUAUGAAGGAAGGACGCCGUUACAUAUGUGUUGUUUAUCUGGCUAUGUAGAGUGUUGUAGGAAAUUUUUACAGACUGGAGUGGAUUUGAAUGAAAAAGAUGAUAGUGGAAGAACGCCUAGUCAUUGUGCUGCUUAUAAAGGAUCAAUUGAAUGCCUGGAUCUCUUAACAAGUAACGGUGCCGAUUUUAAAUUAAAAGACAACUUUGACAGACUGCCUUUACACUACGCCGCAGCCCAGGGACAUUUUCAGUGUGUCUUCACGCUGGUAGGUAUAGGUAGCCCUAUAAACGAUAGAGAUAUAGAGGGAUGCACUCCACUGCAUUUAGCUGCAGCUUACGAUCACCAGGCUAAGUGCGUAGAGUACUUAUUGAGUCACAAAGCUGAUACUAAGAUCACCGACAAUAAAGGAUUUUCUGCACUUCAUUAUGCCAUAGCUUGUGGUAACAUUGAAGCAGUUAAGUUGUUAAUAGACAUUGUUGAGGAUACGGUGUUUCAUAAAGGAGACGGAUCUCCUGACGUCACACCACUCCACCUAGCGGCUAAACUUGGAAAUGUAGAAGUCCUAAAAUCAGUUCUUACUAAAUAUAACGACGUUAACAUACAGACAAACCAAGGUAUAACACCGCUGAUAUUAGUUGCCAGAGAAGGGCACAUCCAAAGCAUUCAUUUCUUGUUAAGAUUCGGUGCCAAAGUUUCACUCAGUGACAACAUAAAUUUAAUGACAGCCGUGCAUUACAGUGCCAAAAAUGGACACUCGCUAUGUUUGACCCUGCUGCUUCAAAACAGCGAGAGUCAAGAAGUUGUCAAUAUGCUUGACAGGCAACAACGUACAGCAUUAAUGUUAGCAGUAUCUGGAAACCAUAUCGAAUGUGUUCAAGCCCUUUUAAAAUGCGGGGCAGAUCCUAAUAUCGUAGACAAGGACGAACAUUCUUGUUUAUUUCGAGCGGUAGUCAAUGGUCAGCACGAUGUCGUGCAACUUCUGCUAGUGAACAAAGCGGAAGUUAAAACAAGAGACGUCAACGGUAAGACGGUUCUUCAUUUAGCAGCUGCGUGCGGGCAUUUGAAGUGUCUACAGUUAAUUACCGAUUAUAUGGAAGAGGGAGACAUUUUAAGUAGAGAUAAUCAAGACUGUACUGUUCUGCAUUGGGCGUGCUAUCAUGGACAUAUGAACUGUGUAGAACAUUUGCUGUCAAAAAACGUGUUCAAGGAGUUGAUAGGAAACUGCUAUUCCCCUGUACAUUGCGCAAGUUUUUCUGGUUCUGAAAUGUGCCUGGAACAGUUGAUAAAUUAUUUUGGUAAAGAAGUGGUGCAUUUGCGUGAUGAGAAACAAAGAACUCCCUUACAUAUAGCCGCCGUUCACGGUCACACAGAAUGUGCCAAGUUGUUACUAAGUAAUGGGGCACAGUCUCAGGUCGUAGACGAGGAAGGGAGGACUCCGUUUAUUGUUGCAGCUCAGUAUGGACAAUCAAAUGUUGCAGAACUGCUUCUGACGCACAACAUAGAUUUAAUGGCCUGCGACGGAUGCGGCAACACUGCCUUACAUUGGGCGUGCCUUAAGAGACAUUAUCACACUGCCUUGUUGAUUUUGGAACACUGCCUUAACCCCGAUAUGGUCAACGUACCGAAUAGUGAUAGAAAAACGCCAUUACAUUUAGCUGCUACUAAUGGACUAGUCGAUGUAACAAGAGAACUUUUGAAGAAAGGUGCUAACGUUCUAGCUAUCGAUAACGAUGGACUGACCCCAGCUCUAUGCUGCGCAUCGAAUUUUAAUGUAGCUCAGUGCCUUGCUUUGAUACUGCGAACUUUACCCGAUUUUUUGGGAAAAGAAUCCACACAAGCGGCGAAGAAUCUAUGUUCCCAACCUUCCUUAUUAUUCCCGAGAUUCCCUAACUCAGCAAACUCCCAAAUCAAUAAGAUCCAAACCGAAAAACCUAUUCUUAGUAAAAAUAGAUCAAAAAAAUCACAAUUUCUUUCAAACCCCAAUACAACCAAGCCAGACCUGAAAAUUGAUUCUAGCCUAGAUUUUUUUAUCAAAGAAGUCGAUAAUACUCAUAGAAAUAAAGACAAAGAUGGAAUUAUUCCUAAAAUACUGUUAGAAAAACGAGGUAAAGAAUUACAUAGGUCUGAGAAUGACAUUUCUAUACCAAACAGCAUGGACUUAAAUAUACACAAUUCAGAAAAAAUGAAAAAACAAAAUUCCGCAAAAAAUGACCUUGACGUGGAAGUUAAAGCUGAAAAUAAAACUAUAGCCAGACUUUCAUGUAAAAAAUGCGAUUUAACGUCAAGCAAAUGUUUGGACUGUCAGAUGCAAGACGUCCUUAAAAAGCACGUAACAGGGAACAGUUCCAAUAAAGAGUUUUUUGAUUUUGUACAGAACAUAACUGGUGGUAGUUUAAACGUAUCUAUAAAAAAUAGGUUUACUAGGGUUAUGAAUAUGUUUAAAAAAAAGUACGUUGGUAGCCCUGAAGGGAAAAUGGUUGUAUCAAAAAAGCCAGCGAUUAACGUUGGGUGUUCGCAUGGUAAUAUUGCCCCGAAUUUUUGUACAGACAAAAAUAAAAAAAGCCACAAGACAAAAGAAAAAAACGGCGUCAAGUUGAAAAUAAAUAAAUCUCUGGAGGAAUCUAGUAAGCUUGUUGAAAAUAAAGCUUGUUCACGUGUGAACUGUGUUUCUAAAUUAUGUGAUAUUGAUGUAGAUAAAAGCGAAGAUAGAAUUAUUGCUAAUAAUUGCGAAACUAAAUCUCUGGAUGUUUGUGAUAAAAAUUACAUAGAUCCCAUAUCUGUGUUGGACACUAGUACCAUGGAACUAGCUUUAAAAUUGUCGAUGUCAAACAUCUCUAAUUUAAAUAAUGAGAGUAAAAAUUUCGGAUCAAAUCAUUCCAGUGAUAAUGAAUUUUAUUAACAUAUACAUAUUGCGAUGUUAAUUUUUUUGGUUUUGUUUUAUUAAAGUCAAACUUGGUGCAAAGGGUUCGUUCAGUAUAUUAAAUAUAUUUAACAGUAAACCAAAAAACAAGAGAAGUGUCUACAUUAUUUUAAAUAUAAAAAUUUUAUUUUAUUUGGUUUGGAUGUUGUAAGGUAUAGAAUGUUUAACCAUCGUUCAUCGUCACGUCAUAUAUUUUGUCGCAUUUCGUAAAUUACUGCUUAUUCUUUUUAGUAAUUGUCAUUGUCAUUUGAUUUGGGGUUAUAAUUUUAUUGACGGACAUCGAUCAGUGUCAAAAUUAGAAUUUGGUUGUUUCUGUAAAACAAAAUUCAAAUUAUUUUAUUGCAAUAAAUACCUCAAAGAUAUAGCGAAAAUGAACAAGCAGAGCUCAUUGCUAAGCUUAUAAAUUAUUUUUCUCGAGAAAGAGACGCUGGUAGAACGACUCUUGUCCGUGGACGCCGUAUAUGAAGUAAGAACAAUGCAAAUGUGUAAUAUUUCGAUGUAAAAUACAAAUUGAUAGCGUUUUAAAAUAAUAUAGCGAGUUGCUGGAUGCUUUAGAAAUAAGAAUUUCAACAGUCCAAAGGAUUGGAAUUACAGGGAUCGUAACUGAUGAAGAGUUCAAGAAAAAUUAAUAAAUGCCGCAAAAAAACGGAACUUGCUCAAUCAAUAAUAUAGGAACGUACUUAACAUUUUCUAAACAAUAUGAACUGAUCUCAGACACACCUUAAAACUCAUAUUUGACACAUAAUGAUGACGUAACGGGGAACGAUGGCUGAACAGUCUUUCACUUCUAUAAAAAAUCUAAAAUUGACAGACAAAUCUUGGGGACGGGACGUCACGUCUGAAUAACUGACACGUCUGGUAACUUUAGCUCUAAAUAAAUUUUUAUCAACCCUUUUUGCUAAGACCUUUAUUGUUAGUGAUAAUCCACUUUUUAUGUAUUUCUAAGGUCAUAUAUACCGGGUGAUUAUAUAUUAAAAAGUGGCUCGCCUUUAGACCCUUAUACCUUCUCUAUUUUUUAAACAAAAAUCGAGAUUUGGUAUGGAUUGAUUGACGUAUUCAAUUAUUUUCGGUCACUUCCUGUUUCACCGGAAAUGACUACAAGUUUUGAUUUUUCCUCUGUAUUUUUUACUUUAUUUGAUAGAAUUUUCGCUUAAAAAUAAAUAGUUUUUUUUUGAAUUUCAAUCUAGAGUGUCAUGACUGUGUUCAUAACGAAAGUUUGACGCGAAGUAUCAACUAUGUGGUACCAAAUUAUUCCUAAAAAAUUAUUUUUCCCAAAUAUGCUAAUGAGCCAACCUGGUUCCAAUUGAAAAAAAAAUAGUUAUGAUUAAAAAUGCGAUUGGUGCAUCUUUUAAAUGGUCAGAAACCGUCAAGAAAAACAUUAGACCAUCAAAUGUAUUUUUCCAAGCCUCCUAGGUUAAAAAUUAUUGAUUUUAUCACAACCAUGGUUUAGCCACUUUAGAUUGAAAUUUAAAAUACUAUUUUUUAAGCAA